AUGUUCCCGUUUUCUCCGGCUGAUGUGCCAACUCUUUCGUACUUCGAUGAGUACAGAGGAAGGCGGGUACAGUGUCACUUCUGUUUCCAGGAAGUCGACGGUAGCACUCUGCUCAAUCAUUUCAAAGACGACUUGAGAGUAUUUCGGUACCCAAGUAACUCGUGUUAUGGAAUCGCUGCAACUGGCGACGCAUUGAGAGCACAUUUGAGACGCCUCCAUUUUUAUUCUCGUCCUCCUGCGGUGCGGGGAUUUGAUAUUGAGCAGAGACGCAUCCGAGCGGACCGGAUGUUACAAGAGUUUCAAUGCAUUCAACGCAAUAUUCUAGUUGAUCGUUCUUUCAUGAUUUUGUAAAAUGUCGUGUCAUCUUUAUCCUUCUUCUCCUCUGCUGUGGAUGCUGUCUUGGUGCCUAUUUCUGUUGUCGAUCGAAUUUCGAUUGUGGAGAUGAUAAGCGUGACGAUCAACAGUAUCAUGAUCUCAGUUGAAGUUCGAUGAGCAUGAGCACGAUCCUGACUGGGAUAUGGAGGACGUUCAACAAGAAAAUCGCUCCAAAGAGGCACCGGUUGAAGCUGUGAAUAGCCAGGAUGCCACUAGCCCAGCCGAAAAAGUCUCGAAAAUCAAGGAAGAUAUUUCAACUUCAAGCUCUCGAGUUGAUCCGAUGUACAGCGACGAGGAUAGCGAGGAUGAAACGAGCGAUGCUGAUAGCAGUGAUGAUGAGAACCGCGAGUCGGAAGAAGAAGAAGAUGAAUAUUGA